CCCCGACUGCGCUCGCUUCUUCUUUCUUACUUCCUGCUCUCUGCCUCGCCGUCGCCUGCGCCCGCCACUGCCGGCCGCCACAGCACGCCGCCGCAGCCAUGGUUCUGGAGGACGAGAGCAGCGACGACAACUCAAGCCUCCCGUACAUGCACUCCGAAACCUCCACCGAUGGGCUGAACCAGGUGCCUUUCUCUCUUGAGGACCCGGAUUACAAGGGUCUUGAGCUAGAUCUGAUAGUGUUGUGCGAGAAGCAUGGGAAGCCAUCAGAGAGGCUUGUUGCGUUUGAAGGAACAAUGACUGGGAGAAGGUUCUUAGCAUGUGCAGAGCCGGAAGGUCAGAAUUGUGGGUUUGUUCAGUGGGUUGAUGAGCAGUGGCCCCCAACAAUGGAGAAUGCAUUGCUGAAGCUUUGGUCAAUGGUUGAAGAGAGCAAGUCUGCUAGGGUGAAUGAUAAUCUUCAAAGUGCUCUAACUAUUCAUCAGUUGACAGAAGAAAAGAACAAGCUGGAUGCAGACUAUGACAAGUUAGUGAAAGAUGUGCAUCAACUUGUGGACUUUCAGAAGGAUAGGGUUGUGGAUUUCAGUUAUCUGCAGUCUGCUGUCACAUAUCAGCACCAAUGCAGAGCUGAAUUGGUGGCUGGUAUGAAUGCAGAAAUGGCAAAGAAAGAUGCAGCUGCACAGAAGCUUCAACAAAAGUAUGAACUCCUAUGCAACCUGACAAGUGCUCAAGCAACUGUCAUCCAAAACUUGAAGUUGAAGAAUAUGAAAGAGAAGGAAUUGUUGAGUGAGGGUAGGAUGAAUUUGGAGUUGAAGAAUGUAGAGUUCACAAAGUUUGAGGAGAAGCUCACCCAAGAGAAGCUAGAGUUGAAGCUCCAGGUUGCUGAUCUGCUGAAGCUCAAGGAAAACCAUAAUGAAGAGAAGCAGAUGCAAGAGUUUAAGAUUACUGAGCUCGUCAAGGUAGAGGAGAAGCUGAAGGAGAAGACCAAGGGGAUCCAGGCCAUCUUGCAGAACUGA